AGUUCCACUGGUGGUUUUCUCUUGAUUUCCCUUUCUUCUGCUCUCUCUCUCGUGUACAGAUUCAGUGCUUCGUCUCGCUGCUUGUUCUGCUCCACCCACCUGGAGAUAAAAGCCAAGGCUUUCAUCGGAGCUGCAGGAAGGAAAACUCAUUGGAGCUCUGUGAUACUCCGACUCCGCAACUGCUGCCACAGUUAAAGAAAAUGGUGGCUGUACCUCUCUGUUUCUUCUGCCAUCUCGUCUUUCUAUUCCAGCCAUAUCUAAUUAACAUGGCUCAUGGUGGAGCAUAUUACAGACCAAAGCAGCCGUCUCAGCAGCCCCAGCCCAUCCCACAGUACAGUGAUAACUUUCCUCAGCAGCAGUUUCUGGAGAACGAGAUGCCACAUUCACCUUUCAGCAAAGAAAUCCCAUCACUGCCUCAAUAUAGAAAAGAGGUUCCUCAGCUCCCAUUGCCAAUGCAAAUCGGAAAAAUUGGACCACUGACAAAAGGCAAAGGACAAACUUUCCCAAGGGGUUCUAAAGGUCCUAUUCCUGUUCCUGAUGGAAAAGGUUUCCGAGGAGGACCACAUGGCAUCGAAGGCCCACCUGGACCAAUAGGUCCACCAGGUCUGCAAGGCGCCCCUGGGCUUCCAGGACAGGGAUUGCCUGGAUUACCAGGAAAGCCAGGCCCCCCUGGUCCUCAGGGAUACAGGGGAAAUGGAAAACCCGGAAUGCCAGGAUUACCUGGAAAACCUGGAGGGCCUGGAUUACCUGGACCAAAAGGGGAUGUUGGACCAAUUGGUGGUCAAGGGCCAACAGGACUUCAUGGGUCUCCAGGAUUCCCAGGUCCCACUGGACUCCCUGGAAUUUCAAAACCAGGAGGACAGGGAUUACCAGGACUGCCAGGGCAACCAGGAGAACCUGGUCAAAAUGGUCCACCUGGGUUUCCUGGUAUUCAAGGUCCAAAAGGAGACAAGGGGCUUGGUCUUCCUGGUUUUCCAGGUCUGAAUGGUCCUGGUGGACCACCUGGUCCACCUGGAGAAGUGGGCCUCCCUGGCAAUGGCAAACCCGGCCUGAAUGGUGCGCCUGGACAACCAGGAUUUCCAGGAAAACCAGGUCCUCCUGGAGAAGCAGGGCUGGUAGGAGCACCAGGUGAAAGAGGCAUACCAGGACUUCCAGGCAUACCAGGAAUAGGAAAACCAGGAAAAGAUGGCUUUAGAGGGCAACCAGGGCUCUCUGGAGGAAAAGGCGAACCAGGGCCUCCUGGUUUAACUGGACCUCCAGGCUUGCCAGGUUAUGGUAAAACAGGAUUGCCAGGGCCUAAGGGUCACAAGGGGCAUGCUGGUCUUCCAGGACAACCAGGUUCAAAAGGUGAUAAAGGUCAUGUAGGUCUUCCUGGAGUUAUUGGUCCAACUGGUCUGAGUGGGAUGCCGGGUGAACCAGGUCCAACAGGGCCUCCCGGAAGUCUUGGCUUCCCUGGACAGAAGGGAGAAGAUGGCAUAUGGGGCCCAAGAGGAAAUCCUGGAUUGAAGGGUGAAACUGGGCCUCCAGGUCAUUCAGGACAGCCUGGUCGGCCAGGAGAAGGAGGACAACCUGGACCAAGAGGAUUCCAAGGCCCAACAGGGCCAAAAUCAGAAGCUGGAGUCAGAGGUUUACCUGGUGCUCCUGGUGCUGUGGGAUUAUCAGGACAAAGAGGAGAGGUGGGAGAGCCUGGAAACAAGGGCCAUCCAGGUCCACAGGGUAUCCCUGGACUUGCAGGACCAAGGGGACCAAUUGGACUUCCUGGUCUUCCAGGACAAAAAGGUGAAACAGGACCAGCAGGUAACCCUGGUUAUCCUGGUAAUGGAAAACCUGGACCCCCUGGUCAAAUUGGUCCUCAAGGAAACCCUGGUCCCAGCGGCCCUCCUGGACUUCCUGGACAACCAGGACCUCAAGGUCCCCCCGGCCCUCCAGGACUUCCUGCUGCAUCUCCUGAACUUAUACAAAUCCUUCCUCACACAGGCCCCUACAACGGUCAAGGUUACAAAAAGCCAGGCAAUGGAGCUGAGAUAAGCGGAACCAACCUGGAGAUUCCUGCAUUCACCGCAAAACUUACAAACCCAUUUCCUCUAGCAGGUUCUCCCAUUAUAUUUGACAAACUUCUGCACAACGGAAAUCAGGACUACAACCCACAAAAUGGUAUUUUUACAUGUAGCAUACCAGGAAUUUAUUAUUUUGCAUACCAUGUCCACUGCAAGGGAGGCAACGUUUGGGUGGCGCUGAUGAAAAACAAUGAGCCAGUAAUGUACACCUACGAUGAGUACAAAAAGGGUUUACUUGAUCAGGCCUCGGGAAGUGCUGUACUCCCAUUACGGAAAGGAGACACUGUUCAUCUAGAGCUGCCAUCAGACCAGGCCGCAGGACUUUAUGCUGGUCAAUAUGUCCAUUCCAUAUUUUCAGGAUACUUACUGUACUCGAUGUAAUAAAUGGAGAUCAUUAUCAUACAUUAAAAGGGAAAAAGUACCCCACACUCAACGUGUUUGUAGGCCAAGUUAAGGGAACAAAUGAAGGGAAAAAACUAUUCGUGCUUUUGGGCUUCAAAUCUCAACCUCUCUGUUUGUGGUUCCCUAGAUUUAAAAAUCUAGUUAAAAUAGGUUUCAGUUUUACAUGUCUGAACUAUUUAUACUCAGUGGUGACAGCAACAUGCUUCUCAGAGUUAUUGGUUUGCAAUAUACAUAACUUGCUGUAAACAUGUUCACCUAAAUAAAUGGUUAGCAGUGUUUUAUUCUUUUUACUGUAUUCUGAGCACAUUAAGAACAAUAACAGAUUCAUUAAGCCAUUCAUUUAUUCACAAUUAUACUGUGAGCAUAUGUAUUUUGGGUCGUUUUUCAUUUUGCUGUGUUUCUGUAUAUUACUCAGAACAUGCAACUGGUAAAACAUUAGUUUGGUUCAGUAUUAAAUAAAGACUCCCUCCAGAAUUUGUCAAACGUUUUUACAUGUUACACAUUUUUCUUGUUAUCAUAAUGAUGGUCAUGGAUUUUCUUUAAUUUAUUUUUUCAACUACUGAUUACUUGAAUUUGUUUUAUUUGUUUAGUGGUAAAAUGAUUAAUUCACUUCCAAAUGAUGACAUAAACAAUUGAUGACAUAAAAAAACUCUAUUUGAAGAAAAUUAUUAAUUUUUCAAGCAAAAUCUGUCAAUUUUCCAGUUUUUAUUCCUGUCUUUAAAUUAUGUGUGUGUCAUUUUGGAUAAAAUCCAUUGUACAUUUCAGUAUACUAAGAAAGUAUUUCCAAAGUAUGUGAAUUUUCAGAUAUUUUUUGCUAAACUGUGUAUCAAGAAAAAACAAAAUGUUAGUUUUAACAUCUGUUUUAUUCUAUCUGAUAUUUAUGUGCUUUUGGGUUUUUAAAUGAAUAAUUUCUAAUUUCA